UAAAUGCGCACCGACCGUUUUUACACGGAGCGUAGGAUGAUCAUUCAGCAACGUACAUCAUCGGUGCGUUCUACCGUCGUCACAAACAAGCGAGAGAUUAGCAUUCUAGGUACAUACCGACAACAGUAAACCUGCCCAGCUGAUAAGAGCUUGUUGGGUCAAGAGACAGAGAGUGAACAAUGCAUUAUUGCUGGCGCACCGAUCAGAACGUUUCCAAAUGCCGAAAUGGCCACGCACCAGAAAGCACCCGAUGUGGAAGCACCCCCACAUCGGCCACCUACCUUCACGGAGCUAAGUGAGGUCGCAUCGAUUGGGAGCAACGGAAAGAUAUUGUUUGCAACGGAUGAUUGGUUUGCGCCGGCCGAAUGGAUGCUGAAGGAUACGGAUCCGGUGUUUCUGGCCGACGAGUAUACGCCUUACGGCAAGUGGAUGGAUGGAUGGGAAACGCGUCGCAAGCGGCUUCCAGGGCAUGAUUGGUGUUUAGUCGAGCUCGGUGCACCGACCCGGAUCGCUGGACUGCUUAUUGAUACAGCGUUCUUCACGGGUAACUAUGCACCGCGCGUCUCGGUGCAGGGUGGAACGCUGGAUGGAACGAUGCGCGAAAUGCUGCAAUCGUCGAUCCCUCGUCGACUCGAAGACGACGAUGGUAUGAUGGGGUGCGGAGCGAGUGAAGAGGAACUUGGUAUGGCGAAUCUGCUCGCCACGGACCAGUGGGAGGUGCUGUUGCAACGGGUUGAGUUGCAACCCGGUUACGAAGCUACUCGGAGACAAUAUUUCGCACUUCCGGAGUCGAAACGCACGUUGGUGGUGAAUCACCUGCGCGUCAACAUGUUCCCCGAUGGAGGUAUCGCUCGGUUGCGUGUGUUUGGGUACGUCGAACGAUUGGAAAGAGACAUCGCUAAGCAAUCUUUCGAUCUGAUCGCAAUGCUCAACGGUGGACGAUGCACGGGCUGGUCGAACGCACACUAUGGUCACCCGCGAAAUCUGAUAAAACCGACCGAAGGACGCAAUAUGGGCGAUGGAUGGGAAACCGCACGGAGGCUCGAUCGGCCCCCGGUGUUGCGAUUCGAUGCGAACGGUAUACUGCAAGUGCCGGGUUGCGAAUGGGCCAUCUUUCAGCUGGCCGCUCCCGGGUGGAUCGAGCAGGUGUGCAUCGAUACGAAACACUUCCGUGGUAACUAUCCGGAUAGUGUGCGGUUGGACUAUAUACCAGCAUCUUUUGAAGAGAAUAGCGAUCGAUGGAUUCCAUUAUUGGAAGCAAAAAAGCUCGGUCCUGAUCGGAUGCAUAUUUUUCUGGGAAAACAGUUGCUGGAGCAAAAGCAUGCGGCUGGGAAGAUCCGUGUUACCAUGGCACCGGAUGGAGGUAUUUCGCGGGUCAGGGUUAUUGGUAAGGUUGCGAGCGAGUGAACGAUGGAGUGACCAAUGCGCUUUUACAAUUGAGGCUACUUAAAAUUGUUAAUCUAUUGGUAAUUUGUUUUUGUAAGUAUGUCUUAUCGCACUUAAGAAAAUUAACAAAUAAAAAGGGAAAGCUAAAGCGCGUUUGAAGAUGGUU